UUAGGUUUACAGAAGGUACAAGCAAUACUAUCAACAGAUGCAGGCAGUGGUAACAUCAUUUGAGUAUGUUGCUGGGCUUGGAAAUGCAGCUCCCUAUGCAAACUUAGCAAUAAAGGCCAUGACUCGACACUUCAAGUGUUUGAAGAAUGCCAUAACUGACCAACUUCAGUUCAGAAAUAGGGAUGCUACUCAGUUAAGCCAUGGAAAAGAUGAAAGUCAAAUGCUUCGCAACACUAGAGGAUUCUAUAAUCAAAGAUCCAUUCACAACUCCGACUUUGUCGAGCACCAACCUGUUUGGAGACCUCAACGGGGUCUUCCUGAGCGUGCCGUUACUGUUCUUAGGGCCUGGUUAUUUGAACACUUCCUGCAUCCUUACCCUACUGAUUCGGAUAAACUAAUGUUGGCUAAACAAACUGGUCUAUCACGGAGCCAGGUUUCAAAUUGGUUUAUUAAUGCAAGAGUAAGGCUCUGGAAACCAAUGGUGGAAGAAAUACACACGCUCGAAACACGGCAAGCGCAAAAAACUUCACAGAGGGGUGAUCAAAGUGCGAACAGAUCAAUUGAUGAUCAUUUACCUUCACCAAACUCACUUGCAUCUGAGAAUCCAUCCACAACCACCCACAGGGUUCAAGACAGCUUGUCGAAACGCACAAGAAAUGAACUUCCUGAUCACAUCACUAUGGGGAGUAGUACUGAUCAAUUGAACCUAUCAUGCAAUAACUUGCCAAGCCAUAUGCAUGUGGGUCAUGUUGGUAUGAACAUGGCU